AUGGGGCGAGCUACGGCGGGCAGCGCACGGCGGUCCCGGCGGGGCAGUCCGGCCGCCAGCAGCCCCCCCACGGGCCGGGGGCGCCGGAGCCGAGCAAAGAAAGCAGGCGGAGCCCCGGUCGGGCCGGGGACUCAGGCACAGCCCCCCGGCCCCUUCGAUCUAGGGGCGCAGAGCGGGCGCUGGGCCGCCUUCCAGGAGCGGCACCGGCUGAGCUGCGAGGAGGCGGCGCGGCUGCUGCUGGACGCCUAUGAAUACAGAGGUUUAGUCAAACACACAGGAGGCUGUCACUGCGGAGCCGUCCGCUUUGAGGUCUGGGCUUCAGCAGAUCUGCAUGUUUUUAACUGCAAUUGCAGCAUUUGCACAAAGAAACAGAACAGACAUUUCAUUGUCCCAGCGUCACGUUUCAAGCUGCUGAAGGGUGCUGAGAAUUUGACAACGUACACCUUCAACACACAUCGUGCCCAGCACACCUUCUGCAAGACCUGUGGUGUGCAGAGCUUUUAUACUCCUCGUUCUAAUCCAGAUGGCUAUGGAAUAGCCCCCCACUGUCUGGAUGAUGGCACUGUGCAGACCAUUGUCACAGAGGAUAUCAAUGGCAAGGAAUGGGAGAAGGCAGUGAAGGAACAUAAGACCAUCAGAGACAUGUCAAAACCCUGAUACACCCUUCCAGCAGCUGACCUUGGAGCACUGCCAUGGAACUGUAGUCUUGGCUUUCCUGGGUGAGGGCUGGGAAAAUCAGUAUCUGUUGUUAUCUGUUCUCUGUUUCUUAAAUAAACCUAUG